AAAGGUCUUCUGAAGAACUCAAAAAUGAAUGUAUUAUGCGUUUGUCCUGGUCUCUUGUUCAUUCAAAACGGCCAGAAGAUGUUCAGCGUGGUAUAGCAAUGCUUGAAGCAUCUGUGAGUGGAAGCAGCAAUCCUCUUCAAAUGAGGGAAAAACUAUAUCUUCUGUCUGUCGGGUACUACAGAAGUGGGGACUACUCAAGAAGCAGACAGCUUGUGGAUAGUUGCUUGGAGAUUGCACCAGAUUGGAGGCAGGCAUUGGCUUUCAAGAAGACAAUUGAGGACAAAAUCACAAAAGGUGUGAAAUCUGACUCACUUUUUUAAUACU